AUGGCAGACUCGCGUCAGAGGGCCAUCAUCAAGGUGUUUAGGAAGUACAGUCACUCCCUAGGUCCAGAAGUUCUCGAUUUUUUGGAGGAUGUCCUUGAUAAACACGAGAUCGCCGACGAGGAGGUUGAAUCAUCUAUGGACUUGGUCGCUAAGGAAUACAACAAACAAGACGAUGCCACAAUGAAAGUCUCCUUGGAGGUCCUACAACGAGUUUAUGAGGUGUUGCAGGGGAUGCGGCAAGGACAGAGCUCCUCUCAGGACGAGGAACCGCUCGAUCCGGAUGGGCAUCUACACUUCAUUGAUGCAUAUGAUAUGCCUCUGUGGCACUGGUCCAAUGAGCGUAGUACGUUCGACAGAUCGACCUCUGCGCAGACGAUAUCUGGUUCAGCGGACUCUAGGGUAUCAGCCAUGCGAGACAGACUCAACAUCAUACGCCAGACCGUGAUGCGCAACGAGCACUUCUCUCCAUCUACUCUACCUUCACGAGACCGAGAACACCUCUUAACACUGCGAUCGACGAAGCAGCUGCUCGGGCGUCCAGGCGAGCGAUUUUUGCUCCUCGGUAUGCUCGCGCACAACAAAGAAGGCAAACUCUGUCUCGAGGAUGCGGAUGGCUCGGUUGAACUGGACUUCUCUCAACUUGACCAACCCAGCGAAGGUUUGUUCACUGAAGGUAGCUUUGCCCUGGUUGAGGGUGACUACACGGACGAUGCCACGUUAAUUGUGAUCGCUAUUGGACACCCUCCCUGUGAGAGCCGGGAAACUGCUCGGUCUAUAUUCGGACACAUUGAUUUCCUAGGCAAGGGAGCAACAACGCUUCUUGAAGAUGCUCAAUAUGCUGUGCGAAUACAACGCGACCUUCCAGAUCUUAACUUCUUCUUUCUUUCCGACGUCUGGCUCGACCAUCCUACUACGUUGCGUGGUCUCCGGAAAAUGUUCGAUAAUUGCGUCGAAAGCAAUUUCGUUCCGAAGGUUAUCGUUCUUUGUGGAAACUUCUCUAGCAAGAGCAUAUCCCAAGGCAGCGCACAUGAUAUCCAGAAAUAUCAAGAGAACUUCGAGUCGCUUGCGGAUCUCAUACUCUCAUACCCUAUCCUCGCCAGAACCGCGCAUUUCGCCCUCAUUCCAGGACCACACGACAUGACCGCCAAUACCCUCCUGCCACGCCGCCCGCUGCUCUCGUCCUUUGUCUCGAAACUGCGCGACAAAGUGCCGAACAUACAUAUCGGGACCAACCCGUGUCGCAUCAAGUUCUACGGGCAAGAGAUUGUCAUAUAUAGGGAGGACAUUAUGGCGCGGAUGCUGAGAAACCUUGUCGGCGUCAAGCCUGACGUAAGAACGGAUGACCUCAAACGAUAUACCGUUCUUGACCAAAGUCAUUUGACGCCACUCACUGUCAACAUACAACCUACGCUGUCCGAGUUUGAUCACUCCCUACGGCUAUACCCUUUACCUACAGCGGUGGUCCUCGCGGACAAGUAUGAUAAUUUUCAGAUGACCUACGAAGGCUGUCAUGUCUUCAAUCCUGGGCGCUUUGUUGGCAAGUCCUUCUCGUUCUCGACAUAUGCGCCCGCCAGGCGAGAAUCUGAGUCUUGGUGA